AUGGCGACCUCAGCUGUUCAUCUAACCACCGAGGAAUUCUGCCAAGAGUUUCUCUCGCACCCGGGCGAUUUUCCUGGUCUCCCUGCAGGAUCUAACCCAUUCUUCGCAUUACACACCGCAAAUGAGAUGGAAGGGAGCGAUAUUUCAGAACUGAUCGUCGCUGCAGUAAACGACUACGGCCUCGUGCCUGGCUCGAAGAUUUUGGCUCACGACCCAUAUCACAGCUCUAUCUCAGACAAGGUUGUGCGGGAACCUUUCGCAGCAUUCUUCCCAACUCGUUCUGUAUCCGCAGGAGGACAUCCUCUCUGGGUCGACCAAACCGUUCCCAUCCACGUUCAGCCUUACCGCCGAGGCGUCGAUCCUUUCGACGACGCUGAAUAUAUAGACGAAUACGGCACGCUAAUCAGAUCCCGCAAGCAGGCCUUUGACCGUAUCUCCGCCGUUGCAGAGAUCCUCUUCGCCGCACAACAACGCGUCUUCCUCUUCAUGCUCUUCAUCAUCGGCCGAAGGUUCCGGGUGCUGCGCUGGGAUCGUGCUGGCGUGAUCACGACACCCAAUACCGACUACUACGAGCAUCCGCAUCUUCUCUGCGACAUGCUCUGGCGCAUUGGCCAACUGGAUGUCGACGCGCUCGGCUUCGAUCCUAGUGCCACUCGCAUCCGUUCUGGCGACAUCGACUUCGCGCGAAUGGACUUCGCCGGCCUCAAGGCCGAAACUGACCUGGACUAUGCGGAACGUCGGCUUAGAGAGAGCGAGCUUGACGUACUACCCCCAGUGUUCGCGUAUGUCCGCACCUUGUUCAGGACGUCGCUCGCUGCAGACUGGCCACGCUUCAGGCUGCAGGUCAGCGAUGGAGAUAGGACGCGCAGCUACCUCGUAGGAAAGCCCACGUUCCUCGCUGCCGAUGUCACGGGCCGUGGUACGCGUGGUUACGUCGCCUACGACUGCGAGACAGGUCGCUUCGUUUGGCUCAAGGACGUGUGGCGCGCGUCGUGCAAGAUCGCCGAGACCGAAGGCCAGAUCCUUAGAAAGCUCAACGCUGCCGGCGUGCAGCGUGUGCCUACUCUCAUUUGCGAGGGCGACGUCCGUGACCAAAUUACCAUUACGGCCGACUGGUGGCAACGCAUACAUGCUCACUCCUCAGCAUCACCUGCGUCCGGUCCUCCCUCGCCCCCUUCGUCCUCUCCCGCUGCACUGGCCGGCGCCGCGUCACCUUGCGGUGGAAAGCGAAAGACGAUGGCGGACCCUCCAGAUGCCAACACCACAUCCCGGCACCGCAAGCGACGUCGCCGCGAGCCUAUUGCUUCCGAUUGUCCCCUUGGGCAACAUAAGCAUUAUCGAAUCGUCGUUCAGGAAGUGUGCAUGCCACUGAAGCACUUCCAAUAUGGCAGACAGCUACUCGCGGUCGUCUCCGACUGCGUAGUAGCGCAUCAUCAGGCGGCGACAAACCCUGAGACACGUAUUCUUCACUGCGACAUUAGUGGCGGGAACAUUCUCAUCUACCCCAAGAUCAAGCGAGAUCAGGAGGGAAAUAAACCUCUGCUCAUUUGGACAGGUAUCUUGACCGAUUGGGAGCUGGCGAAACCGGUGGACAGUCAAGGAACGGCUUCUCAAGUGAUCCAAGGCGAUCGCAUGGGGACGUAUCCGUUCAUGUCGGUCAACUUAAUCACCCAUAUGACCAAGCCCGUAACGGUCGCGGACGAGCUCGAGUCAUUCUUCCACGUCCUCGUCUAUUACGCUGUCCGCAAUCUCCGCUCAAACUGUACGAACAUCACCUCCUGGAUCGACAACUUCUUCCACAGCUAUGAAGGUCCCAAGCGCAUGUUCACAUGUGGCGAGAAGUCGGUGACCAUGGAAUGCACCGGCCGACUCGAGAAUUGCUCGUGGGAAGGGCCCCUGCUCUUCUCCAGUCCCAUGGACAGCGUCUUUGAUUUUUUCCUCAAGAGCUUGAGAGCGCAUUACAAAGUCAUGGCGUACGAAGUCGCAAAGGCUGCGCAUCGACCAAAGACUCCUCCGCCAUCGCCACCUCUGUGGCUCUUCCCAGACAUCGACAUCGACAUCGACGACGACGACGACGAGUAUGACCCCGAGCAGCUCGCAGGUUGGAAAGCUUCUUUAACAGCCGAACCUGUCGACGAGUUUGCCCCCACGCCUGAGGAUCGGGAUCUGGCGGAGACGGUUGUGGAUCACAAGUAUAUACUCGGUCGCCUUGCCAGCGCACUCAACCAUUCGUAUUGGAAAGGCAACGACCGCAUACCCACGACCAAGGACUCUGAACCUUCGUCGGCCAGUGUCAGCGAGCCGCCCUCCGAAGACGUAUCGCCAAGAGGUGCUAAGCGGCAGCGAAUGUCAGAACCCGAGCGCAAUGUGUCAUUGCCCGCUCGUCUGCAUCAGUCUACUCGACGUACGCGGAUCCGCACCCGCACCCACCCUCUUCGUGCUCGAAGGUAG